CACGAAAACGGGCGCGUCAAGUUCAGGACAGCAGCAUGCAAUGCGCCUGCUCCUAGGACAAACCGGAAAAAGCUCCAUGUUCAAAACCAAGCGAGGGAAAGCUUGACAUCUAAAAAGUAAGUUCCUUCGUUAUUGCCAUACAAUGGCCGAGGCUUAAGCCAUGCCUGUCCAUGUGGUCAAGGAUGGGGUGAAUCCUGAGUCCCAGGUGCUUGGCCGUCUGCAGAAGAUAGCUGUCCCACUCCUCAGCACCUCUCUGGACUGCACCAACAAAAUUGUGAAGGGAAAAGUGGUUCACAAGGGACCUUUGGUAACUGUGGGAACAGAAGACUAUGUCCUGAAGAGCGUCAUUCAAGAAGAGGACUCCCAGCACAGCUUGUCAUCAGAGAACACAUCCAUCAAUGUCAUCCUGCUUGGAGCGCUGGCUAAGGAAUUCUCUGAAUCUGUCAAUCAAGGGGACGUGAUGGCGGUGUCUGGCUUCAGAGUGGGCAAGUCUCCCACGGCUCUCAAAGAUAAGCUGCAUCCCUGUAACCUGCACCUGGCUGGAGAUGAAGCCAGGGUUUAUGUGUUCCCGUCAUCUUCCCUGGACCCUCGGGCCUCCGUAGCCAACAAGAGGGCGCCUCUCUCCGGCGCCGAGGUCUCCAAGUCUGCCAAGGUCCCCAAGUACAGCUACGUCCGUCUGGGCGAUCUGCAGCCGGGCGUGGUGGUGAACGUGUAUGCUGUGGUGACCUUCUUCAAGCAGCCGUUCCACACCAGGGGGACAGAUUACUGCUCUUCGUUGAAGAUUAUCGACCAAUCAAAUGAGAAGGUGGCUUGUAGCAUCUUCAGCAGCAAACUGGACAGUCACCCCAAAAUCUUCAAAACGGGAGACAUUAUACGCCUCCACAGAGUCAAGACGCAGCUUUUCAACGGCUCCAAAACCCUGGUGACCAGCCACGGGUUCUCCGUGGUCACCUUCGACGGGGCGGUGGGCAGCGCCGUGACGCCCCGCACCUCCAGCCUCUCCUCCCACUUCGACGAGGACGACCGGCGUGCCGUGGAGUCGCUGCGUGCCUGGGCCGUCGCUCAGCUGGCUCUCCCCGCCCAGGCCGGCGUCACCCUGGCAGCCGUGCAGCCCAAGGUGUUCUUCGACCUGACCUGCCAGCUGCUCGCCAAAGCCCCGAUGGACAGCAGUUGCACCUUGCUGAAGGUUUGGGAUGGGACCAAGUGCUCCCACCCUCUGCUCAAUGUGUUUGUGGAACCUCAUCUCCUGGAGGGACGUUCCACGUUGUCCAAGGACAUGGAGAACCUCACGGCAAACAUCCUGGUCUACGACAACCACGUACAGGCAGCCCGGCAGCUCAAGCCAGGGGCUUAUCUUCGGAUAUACAACAUACACCCAGUUCCCGGGGCCAGCAAGGUGCCUGGCAACCAUGCCGGCCAAUCAGGUCAGGCGGACCACCUGGCGUUCCACCUGCACGGAGGCAACUCGUACGGCAGGGGUAUACAAGUGCUUCCCGAUGACAGCGUGGAGAUACAGGAGCUGAAGAGGGUCAUAGGGUCUUCCCCCGAGCCAGACAGCAAUGAUAUGUCGGACUUUGAGGACUUCCUGGAUGUCUGGAGCACACCACCAGAAUCCUUUGAUUCAACUGGAGAGAGAAGUGCAACAGAGAGAAGCUGCAGUCACCGUCUGGGGUGUGUGACUCUGGCUGAGGCCAAGGGAAAAGGGCCACCUGGUGUGUACCACGUGAAGGCCCAACUCAAGUCCUACCAACCUCAGAGACUUUUCCAGUCACUCAAACUUUACUGCCAUAAGUGUAAAACCAUACGGGAAGUCCCAGAUGAUGUCACAAUAGGGAGUCUGUUCCUGGAAGCCCAAAGGGACGCUGGACCCUGUAGAGAAGACUGGACUGUCGCAACCGAUGUGGAUCGCCCUGGAGACUGUCCAGCCUUUCCCCACAGGACGCUGACCCUUCACCUGCCCACGCACAGCAAGCGACGCGGUGCCGAGGUCAACGAACUCGUCUUUAUUAAGGGAGCAACCUUUGAGGAGACCUGUUGCAUCACACCUGGGUUUAAAAACGUGAUCCCUGUGAGGUCAUCGCAAGGAAGCAUGUCCCUGCUCGAUCUCUCCGCCCCCUUCCUGUUCCGUGGAAAACGGCAUUACUUCGGAUGCAAGCAGUGUUCCCACGUAGACCUGACACAGCCUUUUGGUCAGAACACAGAUGUGCUGGAUGACAAAGCUGUGGCCGAAGGUCUCGGGGUUCAGCUGCUGGCGUACGGCCUGAUGAUGCAGCUGGAGCUGCAGGAUGGGACUGGCUCUCUGGAGGCCCUGCUCUGGAGAGACGCUGAACAAUUCUUCCGCGUGUCACCUGAUGGCUUGGCAGCCAAUACGGAGGCCCAGGGCAGGGUCCAGGAAACCAUGGACAAGCUUUGCCCAUCAGGGAGGAGUAUGGCUGAACAUCCCUGGUUGGAUCUAUGUCUCAGUGCGUAUGCAGUGGAGGAGAACGGUCAGACAAGAACCUGCUACCAGAUCUGCCAUACACACUCCACAAAUCCUGAAUCCUGAUCCGCACACACAUACCAUGUAUAAAGAUAGGUGGCACCUCUGAGAGCUAUACAGUCUGGGUAAAAUGAUUAUAAUAUAUUAUGUCAUGUGUAAAUACGUUUUUCUUUAACCUAUUAUCACUGUUGUUCAAAUGUAGUUUUUAUUUUGUCCAAUUCUCGUCGAUGUGAAAUGGUGAAUGUGUUUAUUUUUUUUAAUGAAUGUGCUUAAUGCACUGUUUGUUUAAACUCCUAAUGCCUUCUUGGAAAUAAAUAUCAAAGCAGAUAGAUGAAAGGUGA